UUUACAAGGACUUUCUUUUCUUACGGCCCUGGUCGUACUUUGAAAGUAUCUCGCAUGGUUACCUUUAGAAGAGUGUAUCCACGAGGUGUCAGUUUAUUUCGAUCCACCGUACUAGCCUGAACUCAUUCGUCUUUGCGCGGGAAAUUUCUGAUAUAAUCGAAGGACGAAAAGAAUCGUCCUCCAGAAGUACAAAAAACAUUUUAAAUAUCAGCCGUGACGUCGAUUGCGAAGAUCGACGAAAAUGAAGAUUGCUGCGACCUUAUUUCUUUUUGUCAUCAUUGGCUGCACGUGGCGGGCUACGCUAGGCACAUGCGUCUUUCAAUCCGACUUUGGUUUUGCGCUUAAUUGCGCCUUCAAAAAAUCUGGCCUCUUCCGGGUACGAAACCUCGGAGGUGUCAAAGGUUUCCUUGGCUUGGGAUUCACGGUAGGUGAUGAACUAGGAUUUAGGGAGUCCCUAUCGAAUGUGGAAAGUGCAAGAAGAAGAAGCGUACAAACAGGAAAGACUGGUCUUUCUGUUGAUUCCACAAACGUGGCCACAAAUCGGAACGAUAAUCAACAAAAAGCAAGACAGGUCGUACCUCCUUUCAAGCCUCUGCCAGGGAUGAGUCGUCCAAUAAGUCAGCAAUCUGAACAUCAAAGAUUGGUAGUUCAACAAAAUUCAACGGCUCUUAGAACGGUCGCCGCUCCAUCCUUGGGUACACAAGAAGAUAUGAUAAAGUAUCAGCAACAACAGGAGGCAAAGUUGAAGCAGCAGCAAAAGCUUCAACAGGAGGCUCUUGCCUUGCAAGUAUUGAAGCAACAGAGACAACAGCAACAGGAAGCGAUGCGUCAGCAACAUAUACAAAAGAUGCAGCAACAAUACAAGCAACAACAGUUGUUGAAUCAGCAGCAACAGCAACAGAAGCAACAGAUGAUGGCUCAACAGCAACAACAGUUACUUGCGAUGCAAGCUAAGAGGAUACAGGCUGCGAUCGCAAUAGCAACGACAACGAAGGCUCCUAGUGUCGUCCCAGCGAUAACGAAUAUGGUACAAUCCGAUCAUUUAAAACCUGUUUCGGCGGCACUCACGUCCACGACUGGCAACGGCUUACCACCUUUCAUCGCCAUGCCUCAAUCGUCUUCCAGACUUACUGAUAGGAUCAGCAAUAGCGCUGAUUCUGAUAAUGAAGUAUCUAAGGAUGACUAUAAUCAGCUUCCGUUGCCAGGCGAAGAAGCUGCAUCCUCUGUGAAUAAAAUGACUUUACUCUCUUUGCAACCAAUCGUGACGGCUGAACAGGCUCAAAGUUUACCUCUUCAACAAAAUGAGAAACGACAGUCGUUACCAGCUUCCUUACCUUCAUUAGCACCGAUUCAAGGAAUGGAAACAUCCUUGAAAGCAUUAGCCGAAGCAAGUAACAUAACGCUCGAAGCGUUAGAGGCAGCUAUCCUUUUGAGACAACAACAACUUAUGCAGAAACAGAUGGGACCCAGCACGACCAGUACGACGACAACUACGACGACUCUUUCGCCCCACGUUAAAAACAAAUACGGUAAUUCUGGUGCUACGAAAGUAAUGAACGCUCCACACGAAUAUUAUCCCAUAGGAUACGAUAAAAACUUUGACGAUAAUUUUGCAAGUCGGGUUGAUCUACCUGAUACCAGUUUCUACUGUGGCGAUCAGAAACAUUUUCCAGGUCUUUACGCCGAUGAGGAUUUAGGAUGUAUGGUCUUCCAUGUAUGCGCAUUAACCGAUGACGGCUUGAUCAUGAAGAGCUUCUUGUGUCCCGAGUCUACUCUUUUCGAUCAAACGAUCCUGAAAUGUAACUGGUGGUUCUACGUCGAUUGUCCAGCUUCGAAAAAUCUCUACGACAGCAAUAUUCCAAUCAGCAAGAGUUAUCAGUUGAUGAAGGCUCUCGCAUUUUUCUCUGCUUAUAAGAAUCACGAUAACGGUACCGUUUCAACGAAAGAGAACAUAGAUAGUAACGUUGCUUUAACGUAACAUUCGAAUUAUCUGAUAAAAGAAUAAUGUCGAUAA